GCACCGGGAGCGCGCGCGCGCCCGCCCGUUCGCCCGCCCUUCGGUACCGCGAGCGCCUAUCGCGGCGCCUGUCGCGACCGCCGCCUCGCCGCCGCCUCCUCCUUCGGGCCGGGAGCGGAAUCGGCGCCCGCGCCUGGACUCCCCCCGCCCUUCCCCCCUCCCACUAUUAUCCUCCCUCCCGGCGCUCCCGCCCGCCCGGGAACGCGCGCCCCGCUCCCGCCCGGCGAGGGAGAGCCCCGGCGCUGCCGCCCGCCCCGAUCCCCUCCAUGGCUCCCGCGCCGCCCCGCUGAGCCGGAGCCGCCCGCCGGGAGCCGCGGCUGAGCGCGGCAGGAGGGGGCGGGAGCGGGGCGGGAGGCGGGGGCGCGGGGGGUGCGACACGCGCGGGGAGCGGCGGCGGCCGCGGCAGGAGCGGAGGAGGAGCGGCAGGAGCGGGGAGUCCCGGCGCGGCCGCGGCAGCCCCGCGCGGGCGGGCGGCGCUGGGAGCGGCCGGGAUUUACCGUGGUGGCGGUGGGCGCUGAGCGGCGGGGGAGCCGGGCGUCCCCGGGGCCGCCGCCUCUCGGGCUGAGCCCCCCCGCCCGGACCAUGGCCGACGACGACGUGCUGUUCGAGGACGUGUACGAGCUCUGCGAGGUGAUCGGCAAGGGUCCCUUCAGCGUGGUGCGGCGAUGCAUCAACAGGGAGACGGGGCAGCAGUUCGCUGUGAAGAUCGUCGAUGUAGCAAAAUUCACUUCAAGUCCUGGAUUAAGCACAGAAGAUCUGAAGAGAGAAGCCAGUAUUUGUCACAUGCUGAAGCAUCCUCACAUUGUUGAACUGUUGGAGACAUACAGCUCAGAUGGAAUGCUUUAUAUGGUCUUUGAGUUUAUGGAUGGAGCAGACCUGUGUUUUGAAAUUGUGAAGAGAGCAGAUGCUGGAUUUGUCUACAGUGAAGCUGUAGCCAGUCAUUACAUGAGACAGAUACUGGAAGCUCUACGUUACUGUCAUGAUAAUAAUAUAAUUCACAGAGAUGUGAAGCCACACUGUGUACUGCUUGCCUCUAAAGAAAAUUCAGCCCCAGUAAAGCUUGGUGGCUUUGGGGUAGCAAUUCAGUUAGGAGAGUCUGGGCUAGUUGCUGGAGGACGUGUAGGAACACCUCACUUUAUGGCUCCAGAAGUGGUAAAAAGAGAACCAUAUGGGAAGCCUGUAGAUGUUUGGGGUUGUGGUGUGAUCCUGUUUAUCCUGCUAAGUGGUUGUUUGCCUUUUUAUGGAACCAAGGAAAGAUUAUUUGAAGGCAUUAUUAAAGGCAAAUACAAGAUGAAUCCUAGGCAAUGGAGCCAUAUUUCUGAAAGUGCCAAAGAUCUGGUGCGCCGCAUGCUUAUGCUGGAUCCAGCAGAAAGGAUAACAGUGUAUGAGGCACUGAAUCACCCCUGGUUAAAGGAGAGAGAUCGCUAUGCAUACAAGAUUCAUCUUCCAGAAACAGUAGAACAAUUGAGAAAAUUCAAUGCAAGACGAAAACUAAAGGGGGCAGUACUAGCAGCUGUGUCAAGCCACAAAUUCAACUCCUUCUAUGGUGACCCCCCUGAAGAGCUGCCAGACUUCUCUGAAGACCCCACCUCCUCAGGAGCAGUCUCACAGGUGCUGGACAGCCUGGAAGAAAUUCAUGCACUUACAGACUGCAGUGAAAAAGACUUAGAUUUUCUUCACAGUGUUUUCCAGGAUCAGCAUCUUCACACGUUACUAGAUCUUUAUGACAAAAUAAACACAAAAUCUUCACCACAAAUCAGGAAUCCUCCAAGUGAUGCUGUACAGAGAGCCAAAGAGGUAUUGGAAGAAAUUUCAUGUUACCCAGAGAACAAUGAUGCAAAGGAGCUAAAACGUAUUUUAACACAACCUCAUUUCAUGGCCUUACUUCAAACUCAUGAUGUAGUGGCACAUGAAGUUUACAGUGACGAAGCUCUGAGAGUCACCCCCCCUCCCACCUCGCCCUACCUGAACGGGGACUCGCCGGAGAGCGCCAACGGCGACAUGGACAUGGAGAACGUGACGCGCGUGCGCCUCGUGCAGUUCCAGAAGAACACGGAUGAGCCCAUGGGAAUCACUUUAAAAAUGAAUGAGCUGAACCACUGCAUUGUGGCAAGAAUUAUGCACGGAGGAAUGAUUCACCGGCAAGGUACGCUACACGUAGGAGAUGAAAUCAGAGAAAUAAACGGAAUCAGUGUGGCAAAUCAAACUGUAGAACAACUACAAAAAAUGCUUAGGGAGAUGCGUGGAAGUAUUACCUUCAAGAUAGUGCCAAGUUAUCGCACGCAGUCUUCAUCCUGUGAGAGAGAUUCCCCCUCUACAUCCAGACAGUCCCCCGCUAAUGGUCAUAGCAGCACUAACAAUUCUGUUUCGGACUUGCCAUCAACAACACAACCAAAAGGAAGACAGAUCUAUGUAAGAGCACAAUUUGAAUAUGAUCCAGCAAAGGAUGACCUCAUUCCUUGCAAAGAGGCUGGCAUCAGAUUCCGAGUUGGUGAUAUUAUCCAAAUCAUUAGCAAAGAUGAUCAUAACUGGUGGCAGGGUAAACUUGAGAACUCCAAAAAUGGUACUGCAGGUCUUAUUCCUUCUCCUGAACUUCAGGAAUGGCGAGUUGCUUGUAUUGCCAUGGAGAAGACCAAACAGGAGCAACAGGCCAGCUGUACCUGGUUUGGAAAGAAAAAAAAGCAGUACAAAGACAAAUAUUUGGCAAAGCACAAUGCAGUGUUUGAUCAAUUAGAUCUCGUCACAUAUGAAGAAGUAGUAAAGCUGCCAGCAUUCAAAAGGAAAACACUAGUCCUACUAGGUGCACACGGUGUCGGAAGAAGACACAUAAAGAACACGCUCAUCACAAAACACCCCGACAGAUUUGCUUACCCCAUUCCUCACACAACCAGACCUCCAAAGAAAGAUGAAGAAAAUGGCAAAAAUUACUACUUUGUAUCACAUGACCAAAUGAUGCAGGAUAUAUCAAACAAUGAAUAUUUGGAAUAUGGCAGCCAUGAGGAUGCAAUGUAUGGGACAAAACUGGAAACAAUACGAAAGAUCCAUGAGCAGGGACUAAUUGCAAUACUUGAUGUAGAACCUCAGGCAUUGAAGGUCCUGAGAACUGCAGAGUUUGCUCCUUUUGUUGUUUUUAUUGCUGCACCUACAAUUACCCCAGGCAUUAAUGAGGACGAAUCCCUUCAGCGCCUGCAGAAGGAAUCCGAAAUCUUACAGAGAACAUAUGCACACUACUUUGACCUAACAAUUAUCAACAAUGAGAUUGAUGAAACCAUCAGGCACCUGGAGGAAGCCAUCGAGCUCGUGUGUACAGCCUCCCAGUGGGUCCCGGUCUCCUGGGUCUACUAGACCAGGAAUGAGAGAAUUGAGGAGGAAAAAAACAAAACACAAAUCUGUCAUUACUGGGAACCACCUCAUACAUGGAAAACCUCUUCGUUAUUGACCUUGUGUCAGCAGGUCUUGGCCCCUAGAGACUACCUAGAUGUAGUGUGACCUAAAAUAUAAUUAUUGUCAUGUCCGAAUAGAUAGGAGGAGGGAGAAAAAAAGAUGAAACACUAAUUUAAAGAGACAGUAUCUUUUUUUUAAUCAUUUCUCCUAAACUUUAAUAAAAUGUAUCUUUAAAUGUAUGUAUUAUUCAGUCCUUUGGAAUGUUAUAUUUUUGGAAAUCAUAGCUUUUUAUUUCAAGGGCCCCUACAAACUGCACAAAAUAGAUGCUGCUUUCUAUAAUCUAUUUUAAUAGUAAUAAUAAUAUGAUUCUGUUACCUUAACUUGGGGGUGGAACACUACAUUCUUUUUAGAGUCUGAUUUUAUGGAUUGGAAUACUUUGCUUUCCUUUAUUUAUUUGAAGUAAUUAGUCUAGUGGUUACGAAACAAAUUCAUAAAUUUUAAAGGCCUUUUUUUUCGCGCUUUUUUUUUUUUUUUCCUCUCCUAGGAUAGUAUUUUUAAGUACUUUUGUGUAACAUCCAGAUAAUGUGAUACUGUCUCUUUGAAGAACUCUGUAAAAGUUUUAGAAAUUUGAAAUUGGGUCUUGACUCUUAAUGCAUGUGGACAGUCGCAAGCGUUCAUGCCGUUGGUGUAUCUGUGUUGAUAAAACCUGUAAUCUACAGCAAAGUACAUUCCGUUCAUGGGAACACCUACCCAAGGGAAUAAAGCAAAAUAUUAUUCUGACUAAGUUGUAAACCUAUGCACAUCCCUUGCAUUUUGGGCAACUUUAUAGAAAAAAAAAAAAAAAAAAAAAGAAAAACUGAUUUUUAUUAAUAAUAAUCAUGUAGUGAAAUGUGUUUGUAAUUUUGUCUCAAUUUAAUUUGUUGUAAGGUGGGAGGGGGCAAUUACUGGUUUCACCAUUUCAGAUCUGUGUUGUCUGAGAGUAUUAACGUUUUAAUUAAGUUGAAGCAAAGAAUUGCUGAUUUUUAAUAUGUAUGUAAUUGUUUAAAGAUGCACACAUUUUAAAAGAAAAUACUGUGCAAUGAAGAAACCAGUUUAGACAUUGCGAUAAACUGACUAUUCCAAAAGACUCAUCUACAACAGCCCUGUAAAUUCCUUUAAAAAUGGUAAUUGACUCUACAGUCUGACCAAUUUUUUUUAUUUUAAAUAUACUUCCUUUUAUGUGUUCAACAAUUAAAUGCUUUUGGGUCCUUCAUUUCAUCACAGGGAGUUUCAAGAGCAAAUCAGUGACUCAUGCAGUGAGGAAAAGUGUCUUAAAGUCUGUAAGGGAAGCCUUUGUAGGGACAGAGCCUGCAGUCUGUCCCAGGGGCUCUGCUCCUCCUGGAUCAGCACAAGAUUCCUUCCACAAAGUUGGAAUUAGAUCAGAAGUA